AUGCUAGAGGAGGAAGAAGAAGAAGAAGAAAUCGGUACAACACUGGAAGCUGAAUUGGAUCACGGAAAACAGCAGAACAAUCAACACAACCAGCAGCAGCAGAAGCACCGAUCUAGGGCGAUUUCCCCAAUGCCACACGAAGAACUUGUCCAGUUGUCCAGUUCAAAUAAAAACUGGGUGCACGCAUCGACGAGACAAAGCCACAUUUCACCGCAGAUUGGCAGAACAUCAUCGCUUAACCCGAUUACAGCUUGCCUUCAGUCGUCAACACCGUCACCUUCGGAUUCGGUAUUAAGUUCUGUGACUUCAUCUUCAGAUUCAUCAUUAAACACUGUACCGUGUACUCCAGAACACCGAGUGAACGUAUCACGGCAACUUAACUAUGGUCCACGGAAGCUUCCACGUGUUUCCGGGAUUGUCGGUGAAGUCAACAAUGGCUGGCCACAAGAACUUCAAAACGAACAGUCUGCUACAGGCCGCCAAAGCCGGACGCCAUCAUCGCGGUCCAUCACCUUGGCUGAAGAAUCUCCGCAGCUUCCAAGCGUUUCCGGGAUUGUCGGUAAAGUCAACAAUGACCGGUCACAACUUCAAAACGAACACACUGAUACAGGCCGCCAUAACCGGACACCAUCAUCGCGGUACAUCACCGUGGCAGAAGAAUCACUACAGCUUCCGAGCGUUUCCGGGAUUGUCGAUAAAGUCAACAAUGGCCGUCCACAAGAACUUCAAAACGAACACAUCGCUACAGGAUGUCAAAGCCGGACACCAUCACCGCUGGCCUUCACCGUGGGUGUAGAAUCUCCACAGAUUCGUUUUCGUGCUUCGAACACCCAUGAAGAAUUCGUACCAGAAACAGGAUCGCUAGAAAGAGAUAAUUGCAAGAACUGCCAAAAAGUAAAAAAACGAUUGGAGAAUGCUGAAACCAGAAUCCAUGUACUAACCGAACUAAAUUUGAAUCUGCAGAUGGAAAAAGUAAAAUUAAUGGCUCAGAACAAGGAGAAAGCACCGUUCGUGAAUAGUGUAGAAGAGUGGUUAACCCCAGAAAUUGUCUUGAGAACACACAUCGAAAGCCCCGCAGGAUCGGAAGGGGACGGCCGAUUCAUUUCCGCUUUGGCAGAUCACUUGUGGAACAGAGAGCAACUACAGGAGCGAUCCGUGAAGGGGAAGAUGUGUAAUUUGCAUCCAAAAAGUGGAACAAAGAAACCGGCAACGCCGUCCAAAGUAGCAUUUAUACUUGAGAAAUUGGUUCAGCGGGUCGAUAUAGAGGGAGACCUGGAGCCAAAACGCAAGAUCCCGUCCCGGGUAUCUAGAAAACUUAAUGAGAAAAUGGCGAAUGCACGCCGCAAGACGGUUGGCAAAUAAACUCGAAUCCUGAUGAA